UCCCAUUCUCCCCCAUGGCCAACAAUGCGAGCUCAACUGUCCACACCACCUGCUGCUCAUACCUGGCAGCUUUCCCCAGCCAAGCCAGACAUCAAGGUAAAUAAGACACUCCCCCAUCAUCUCUCUCCUCCUCUGCUCUCUCUCUCUAUCAACACUCAAACUACCAUCACAUCACACUAUUGACCGUAAACUCAUACCCCCUAUUUGUAUUCCUUGUCUUUCUGUACUUUCAACUUGACCUGCAUAGAGCGCGAUAGUUGCAUUCGGUUGUCAAUUAUCCACCGACCUUCUUUAUCUUCGUAUCCAUACGAGUAUUCCCCCCCCCAUCUGGGCUCAAGCUCGCCUGACUCACUCACCGUGCACUUCCUCAACAUCAACGACAACAGACCAUCUAAUUUCUUGACUCUUUGUCUGUCCUCGAAUUCCCCCGACCCCUUUUCCCUCCGCUACCACUUAAUUGUGUCUGGCCUUCUGGGUUGCCAUUUCCUCGUCUUACUUCGUACAUAUUACGCCAUCCGCAAUUUCCUGCAUACUCAAGAGUCAUCCGGCAACUUGCUACUUGCUACUUCUACAGUUUCGAUAACCUAUAACUCUCCUAAUAAUCCUACUCCUCGCCCACCUUCUCUUUGAUCUCAAAGAAACCCAAACACCACAGACAAACAUUCCACGGUCCGCUUUCUGCAUCUCCGACAUCUUCCACCAAGCGUUCGUUUCUGGAACAAAGAACCCCAAACUCAAACCACCAUCUAUUGAGUCACUUCUGACUCAACUCUUACCUUCUCUCAAGUCCUCCAACUUCAACUCAAUCCGCAAACAGCUUCUUGCAAGCUACCCCCCAACCCAACACCACAACACCAACGCCACUUCUAUCCUCUCCAUCAACGCCUCUUGAUCAUGUCGACUGCUUCUCUUCAGCAACGCGAUAUCCGCUCAGCCUCCGUCCCAUUCAAGCGUGAUAGAGAACAUCAACAGAAGUGGAGCAAUGGAAUUCGUCUAGCUCCAGGAGUUGCUCCUAUUCACUCCGAGCUUAUCGAUGGUGUAAGCCCAAGUCAGAGUUGGAAGGAUCCAACCAAAGCCGAGUUUAUGCAACGUGCUAAGGUUCGGCCCAAUGCCAUGAAGUCCAUUCUGUAAGUAUUUCAAAAUACCAAUUCUCACUCGGCAGAUCAAAAGCUAAUCAUUUCGUCUUUCAGUGGCAACAAGACCCAUGCAAACCGAACUUCCAAGCCUACAUUCCACGGUUCGGGUGCCUUUCACUCGGGCACAAUUCAAGGCCGUCUUGACCGCAAAGCAGAUGCUUAUCGUGAAUCUACUGCUACAAGUCCUCUCUCCGAGUCCCUCAUUGCCAUCCUCCCUCAACAUGUCAACAAUACCUCUCCAUCCAUUCGAACAUUGGACGCAGAUAUCCUCUAUAGCUUUGAUAACAAAGGACCAAGUCCAACUGGAAGGGGUACCAAGGUAGAACUUGGCUCUUUGAUUGAACAAGCCGAGCAGAAGUGGAUUGCUGAGCAAACGGAGAAGAUUAUCCGAGGUGAAUACGAGGUUCUUGAUGCACAAGGAGAGAAGACAGUUUUGAAGAAGAAGAGGGGAAGUCCCAAGCAGAAGGCUACCAAGGAUAGUGUCAAGGUUAUGGAUGAGGAUGACGAUGAUGGAUUCGAACUCAUCUAAUUUUCUAGUCUCGCAUGUCUGUCCUUUCUGAAAGACAUUGCGGACUUGUAUUGAUGAGGAGGAGGCCUUGACGGCUUACUUUCUCACACACUUCACGUUUCUUUCCGCAGCUUCAUAUUUGCACGGCGUCUGGGAUCGGAUAGAUGCAUUUAGCUUACCCUUCACCGGGGAAGGAUAGCUUACGGUCUUGCCAUGAUUUUUUUUUCUUCUUUUUUUUUUCACAUGGGCCGGCUGGUUUCACUCGCAUCAUCUCUUGACCGAGGUGUAACACCUUCAGCCUACCCAUUGUACAUAUACCAACCAGGUUACAUGGGAAGGAUGGCUGGGAACUUUUUCUUUUUUCCUUUUCUUUUGACGGAUGUUUUAUCAUGAUGAGGUGUUUGGGAGGUUUCUGAUUCGUGGUUGGGAUGGCAUGAGUGGGAUGGGAUGGAUGGAUGGGGUUCUCUUGCAUAGCUUACCCGGAUGGGGGGAGGAUGGCUUGCUUUUUUUUUCCUCCAUGUUGUUGUCUACGGACUUGGGGGGCACUUUUACGGAUGGGAUAGGAUGUUAAUUGACUUGCCUUAGGCACUACUAGAGGACUUUGUUUUUCAGAUAAGAGAUGAUGCAUACGCAUGCGUUUUGCAAUUUGCGUUUUGCCGAUGAGAAUGCUCUUUGAAUAGAUCAUUACUAU